CAGCGACACCUACCUCGACACAACACGAUACGAUACUGUAGCCAGCGAAAAUUUUCGACCAUUGACAACUACAGCGAAGCCAUAAUCAUCAACCAUACCAAGCUGCAAUGUCCACCAACGGCGAGAGUCCAGCACCUGAGGCCGCGGGCGACUCGAGAGAUCCCAGCGGCUUCCUCAGCGAAAUCAUCGGUGCUCCAGUCACCGUCAAGCUGAACUCUGGCAUCAUUUACAGGGGCAAUCUUCAGUCAGUCGACGGGUACAUGAACAUUGCCCUCGAACGGUGCAAGGAAGUAUCAGAUGGCCAAGUAACUCGCAACUGGGGGGAUGCCUUCGUUCGCGGCAACAACGUCACAUACAUUUGCGCAGACAACGCAUGAUUAGGUAGAACUACUUCAUAAAAUUGAGUAAUGAUUUAUGAUUUCCAGACUACUCGUAGUCAAGUGCCG